UACAAUUUAUGAAACUUCAAAAAAUUUUAUUAUCCAUCAAAAGUUGUUUAUUGAAACUACCUUCAUUUUAAUAUCAUGGUAUAUGCUAGAAAAAGAAUUAUUUUUUAGCUUGGUAUAAAAAAUGCCUAGUUCACGGAAAUGUCGUGUUCGCGGGUGUAAAAGUGAAGGUUCCGGCAUGCGUUUUUUUUGCUUCCCACAUGAUCCAAUAGAAAAUAAAAAGUGGAGAGAGAAUUUAUUGUAUACUUCAGACUUGGAUUUCCUGCCACCAUAUAAUUCACAUGUGUGCAUCCGGCAUUUUGAGCCCACUGCUUUGGGUGAAAAAUGUCUAAAAAGAGGAGCGAUUCCAACACUUAACCUGGGUUAUGACUACCAACCACCACAUAAUUUUCAUAUAAAAAAAAAAUGGAAAGAAGUUUGCUGCAUUAAAAAUUGUACAAGUGAUGCCAAGCGCAAAUUCUUUACAUAUCGCAAAUAUAACGAAAGUUGGAACAAGGUUUGCAAUAUAGAUCCAUCAAAAUACCCAAGACCUCUUAUUUGUGAGCUCCACUUCGAUAAAGAAUUUAUUACCCCAAAACGGCUACGGUUAGGUGCUUUUCCUACGUUGAACCUACCUCGUCAAUUAUCAACUAAUGCUCCUGCUGUACAAAACUCGGAAACCAUCCAACGCCAUGAAAACAAACGUACAUGUUGCAUCAGAAGCUGCAGAUUGGAUAAAAAUGCGACAUUAAUUUCUUUUCCAGUUGCUAAAGAAAGUCGCACGAGGUGGAUCAAAGCCUGCAAUUUAAAUGCGUCGGAAUGCGAUGAAUUAUAUAUUUGUGCACGUCAUUUCCAAACAAGUUUUCUUACGACUGACGAAAAAUUACUGAAGAUUGGAGCCUUUCCAACAUUGAAUUUACAUUCGCAUCCUGAUCGAGGCGUAGAGAGCAUUACAACAUUACAAAAGCAAAAGAGUGCUAUCUCUCCGAAUAAAACCCAACUACCUUUAGAAUUUGAACAGCAUUACUUUUUGGAAUGCAAAAGGAAACGGUAUGAUUCAUUUGACAGUGAUAUGGCUUCCAAUGCUAUUUCAUUUGUUAGCGAAAAAGAGGAAAUUGUUGCUCCCAAUGCCGGGAAGAGUUCAACGGUAUCAUCAUUGCAUUGCAAUGAUGAGAAAUCAUCUGAAGAUAUGAACGAUAUUAAUAGCGAAAGGGAAAACGCUGCAAGUGCUCAGGACGCGCAUAAUAAGACAUUGAUCUCUACUCAAUGUGAUCACGCUUCUCUUAGUUGUAGCAGUAAGUAUUUAGACGUGCCUCAUGGACAAACAAAUAAUGAAAAAUUACUAAGAUGUGAUCAGAAACAUUUUGAAAGGAAAAUAAAAGACCUGGAAACUCGAGUCGAAUUUCUAUCAAAAAAAACACUUGAUUGUAAUCAUGAACAUUUUGAAAAGAGAAUUGCUGAAUUAGAAGGUCAAUCUAAACAAGAACACAAGUGUAAUCAGGAACAUCUGGAUAAAAGAUUUGCCAAAUUAGAGGCUCAAGUCGAAUAUGAGUCUAAAAGAAUACAUAAAUGUGAAGCCAAACAAUUUGUAGAAAGAGUGGCCGAAUUGGAGGGCGAAAUCGAAUUCUUAAAGACAAAAUAUCGUAUCUUAGAAGAGCGAGCAGUAAUUCCUUUUGAUGGUGCGAGCCAAGAUGCAGUUACUUUUGCAAAGAUGAUCGUUGAUGGUCCUAAUCGACGAUAUACCGAAAAGGAGAAAUGUUUAGCCCAGAAUUUAACUUAUAUUUCGCCCAAAGCUUAUGAUUUUAUGCGUGAGGAACUUAAAUGCGUCCUGCCGCACAAAUCAAUCCUUCUGCGAUGGCGGCCAACCACUAGUUGCGGAAUAUCUGGCAUUGAUGACCAUACAACUCGAACUUUAAAAAACAUUGUAAGUGAGAUGUCCGAAACAGACCGCAUAUGCCACAUCAUGUUCCAUGAAGUUGUCAUCAAGAAAGAUGAGGAACCGGGCAGAACAGCAACCAAUACAUUGAAAAGCCGCCAAAAAUGUUGUUUCUUUAUAGUUAAGGGCAUAUUUAGCGAUUGGAAAUAUAUACUAUCGUAUUUCAUAGGACAAACUGGCUUCAAUGCUUACAAUUUGUUACGUUAUCUCAAUCAAAGCAUAGAUUUUGCACAAUGUGUUGGUCUAAAAGUUAAAGCUAUCGUUUGUGAUCAAUCACUUUGCAACGCCCACAUAUACAAACAGUUAUAUGCCACGGAGAAGAAGCCCUACAUUUUACGCAAGAAAGAAAAAAUCCAUUGCUUCUUUGACUACUUUCAUUUAACAAAGUGUAUUCGCAAUAGCUUUUUAAGUUACGAUAUACAAACUAUUGACGGUCUAGCUAGUUUCAAAAUAAUCAAGAAAUUAUAUACCAUCGACAAGGCCUAUCCUAGUUUGGGACUAUUCCCUAAGCUCACCCCAUCACAUUUGUACCCAGACACUGUCGAAAGAAUGGAUGUUUACCUAGCGGUUCAAUUACUCAGUAAUUCUGUUGCAGUAGGAAUUGAAAAGGCAAUAAAUCAGAAACUAAUGGGUUCUGAUCCAAAACUUUUAAAUUGCGCCAGAGCAACUAAAAAUUUUGUCCAGCGCAUGAAUGAUCUCUUCGACGAGUUCGACCAUAGAGACCAAUGUGUUUUAUCAGCUACCAGCAGUUACAGAAAAAAAAUUAAUGCUUUAAAAGAUCAUUUAAAAUUUUUAUAUUCAUUGGAACAGCCCAAUAUGAUAAAUAUACGCUUUAUAUCUGGCUUAAUUUCAACAACAAAAGCAACUAUAAAUUUUUACGAAGAUGUUUUUGAAAAAUAUAAAAGUUUGGACAUUAACCUUCUUUCCAAGUUUAAUCAAGUUGCGCUAAAUAGCUUGUUUUAUGAAUUAUGUGAAGGCAGAGAAAACACACAAAAUGACAUUCAGACAUUUGUGGCAAGCUCUCGGAGAGAAUUUGAACAAAAAUUUAAAAAUCCAUCGGGUGAAAAUUUAAAACAUGAUGCAGAAAAGCUUUGUGAAGACCCCGAACUAUCAGACGACCAAUUCAAUGAAAUCAUAGAAAUGGUAAAAGAUUGUUCGGAUGAAAAUUUGAAUAAGAUAAAUGGUAGCAUAGAGCAUCCAAGCAAAUGAUCACUUGGUGUAAAAACAAAAAACCAUGUUAUUAAAAAUAAUUAUGUACAUAUGUAUACAAGGUGCAUUAUAUGUAGGUGUUUACAAACUUAUAUGCACAUAUUUAACUAAUGUAUAAGGGUUUUGUUCAGCAGUUUCCUUUUUUGUUCUUAAGUUA